AUUCGAUUUUAAAGUUCCGAUUGGGCACAAUCAUAUUUUCGGAGCGUUUUCUUUGCUGUUUUCUCAACAACUUUGAAUUUUAAUACGUUUUAAAAAAUGGUUUCGUUUAGCUGUGUGGCAAAACUUUUGGGCAAUUUCGAGUGCUCAGCCAACUCGUGGGUCAAAGCCGUUAAUCCCGGGUGGUAUGCGGCUCGUGAGAUUCCGAAGACCAUUCUGAUCCAGAAAGUGCGAGAGGUGGCCCAAGUGACUAGGUCCAUUCGCCAGCGACCUCAAACUGCAGAUCCGCCAAAGUCAACCAGAAAUCCAAGACAACAGCAAUUCGCAUAAGUUGCAGAGAGAUGUUUUCAUUGACUGAAAUGUUUUACCCAGCGUGAAUCCAGAGUGUUGAGUUGCACCGCACCCUUAUCGCUUUCGGCAUUUUGUCUCUCCCAUAAAACGGUCACACCGAGUCGGUGCCGAGUUUUUGCUUCGCGAGCAGGUGGUGUUGUCCAAUCAGAAUCGCCGUCAACGGCACGAAUAAAAAAAUUCCAAUAGAAUAGCCGAGGGCGAUUAUUUAAGUGUGUUAAUGUUAAAUGUUAAAUGCAAAGUUGCGCGUCGUAUGUUUCUCCCACGCAAAUCCCAAUCCGAGUGUUCAGUGCAAGCACACACAAGUGAAUAUAAUAUGUAAGCGAAAGGCAAGAAGCCAGCAACAAAGCGCCAGUGAUAAGCGCAAUAAUAUAAAUGCAAUAUACAUAUGUUUAUAGUAUAAAUUCAACGUGAAAAGAAAUCUCGCCAGCAAAGAAAAGUAAAAAAAUAGCAGAGGCGACAAAUGGAAAUAAAGUAAAAUGAAGGAGAGAUAGAAAUCGUAAUGUGUAAGCGGGACCCCAGCGUAUGAAAAAACGAAAAAAAAAAAACGAUGAAAACACGUCUGAGCGAAGAUUAAAUAAAUUUACAAGUGUGUUUUGUA